UUAUAAUAUAGUUGUUCGACAAAAAGUAUAUUUAUUUAAAAUGAUAAUAGAACAAUACUUUCACGACGAGCUGACUUUAUAAUUACUAACAUUUGUGGGUUGGUAUUUUAGCAUACGCACCUAACCUUAUAAAUAUCAUGCACAUUCAUUCGAAACUGUCAUUUUUCAGAGGUUUUUUUUUUUUUUAUAUAUAUAAUAUAUAUCUUAUUUGAGUUAUUUAAAAGUGAUAAAUAUGUUUUCAAUUACCAGAGUGUUUUUAUUCACCACCUUGAUUAAGAUAAUGUAAGUAUUCUUAAAAUUUUGUUCAUAAUACCUAAUAAUAAUAAUAAUAAUAUAACUUUAAAGACUUUAAAAACGGCCAAAUGAUUUUGUAAUGAAAAAAAGAUAAGAAUAAUUUUUAAGAGCUAUAAUUAUUUACAUAAUCUUUUUUUAUACUAAUGAAAAUAUAAUAUAUAGAAUGACUCAUGCUCAUCUCAUUUAUAUCGUUGAAUAAUGCAUAAAUUCAAAUUGCAGUUAACGAUGAUAUUUUCGCAUACAUAGAUUUUUUACAAAAUUAAAUGCUGUGAAGUGAUUUAAGGGAAUAUUCUAUGGUGAAAACAACAUUGUUUUUUCUAAAUUAUAACAACAUAUUUAAAAUGCAAAUUAUGUUAAUUAAUACAUUUUUUUUUUUUUUUUUGAAAAUGUUGACGUAUUGUAAUCGAAAUUUGAACGAAAUGUUUCUGAGAUAUUCUACUUGAAAUGCUAAGGAUAAUAGUUUUUUACAGGGAUUGGAUACCAAAUAUUUAAUGUACAUAGAUAAUUUCAUUCAUAACAUCUUCAGACAAAUCAUCUGAUUAACAGUUUUUAUUAAAACAUGCAAGUUCUCAUUAGAAAAAUCAAAAUUAGUAAUGUCACAGGGUAUUCCUAAAUGUUGUGAAAAAUAUUAUUAUUCAAAAAUAUCAACCACACUUAAAAAUUCUGAAUAUCAGAAUUUGAUUUUAUGCAUAAUUUAAUCAUAAAAAAAGAAUGAAUUUAUUUAACGGUUAACAAUCGUUCUGUAUAUUGUUAUUAAUAUUUAAGAAAAAUUACUCAAUGUAAUGAAUUGAUCCCCCCCCCCGCCGCUUGACCGCCGUUUUAGUACAUAAUAUUAGAAGGAGUUACCCAGAAAGGUAAUCCAUUGCCUCUUGAGAUAAUAAAGAUAGGCAAAUUCUAUUUUAUAUGAAUCAUAGGGACAAGUAUUCAUAUAUUAAUUACAUUUUUAUGUUUUAACAAAAAAUUUAAAACAAUUAAUUUUAAUUUUAUUAUUUUUGAAAAAAUUGAAGACAUCUAUAGUUUAGAAUUUAUUCUUUUCAAAAUUAUGACUUUCAAUUUUAAUUUUCAUUAACCUAAAGAUUUUUAAUAUUUUGUAUCAUUCAGAGAAAAAAGUGUAUUAUUUAAUACUUAGUAUUAGUAUUUUGAAAUUAUCUCACCUCAUUAUCAAAUAAGUUUUGUUUAAUAAUACACAAAAUAUAUACAUAAAAAUCAUAAGUUUAAUGAAAAUAAUAAUGGAAACAUCAAAAUGUACAAACAUUUGAAUACUUUACCAAAACAUAAAAAUUAAAUUGAAAUAUGAUUAUAUUUAGUCCUUAUUUCUAUAAGUCAUCUGAAUAAAUAAAAAAACCAGAAUUCGAUUGUUCUCGUUAUCUCAGUGGAUAUCGCAGUAGGUAUAUCUUCGAUGGACACUCUAUAUAUAUCUAUAAAAUUAAACCUUUUAUUUUUUACUGUAAUAGCUAAAGUAGCUUAUAACUACAUAAUUUAUUAGGAAUUUUAUUUUUUAUGACACCGUUGAAUAUUAAUAUGUAGACACAAUUUUGACUACCUACAUACAAAAUUAAUACAUGUGUUAUUCGUCUUACGAAGAAAAUAAUAACUUCAAUUGUUUACAGAUUUGCAAAUGUAGUUCCAAACGAAGGUAAGACAUAAGUUAAAAAAACAAAACAAGUAUAAUUAAUUCCUCUCAAUAAGAGUAAUUUAUUUACAAUUUACAAUCUAUAAUAUUGUUCAUCAUACUAGUAUAAUACAUUAUCAGGUCUACAUAAUUUUUGUUUUAGGGUUAUUUAAUUCAUUUGGACAACAAAUAUCACCAACAAUGAUGCAAAGUAAUCCAUUACCAUAUUUCCCGACAACGCCACAAUCAUGGCCGCAAGGGAAUCAACCUGCUUUCUUUACAAACCAACCCAACUUCCCUACAGCAUUAACUGUCGUCCCUUCAGCACCAACUGUCUUCCAUACAGCACCAACUGGCUUCCAUACAGCACCAACUGUUUUCCCUACAGCACCAACUGUUUUUCCUACAGCACCAACUGUCUUCCCUACAACACCAACUGUUUUCAAUUCAGUCAAGCCUAUGUUCUCUAUACCUCAACUACAGCAAAUGACACAAGGAUUCCAGUCUCCAUCAAUGAAUCAAAAUCAACGUUCAUUAUUGGUGCCAAUUUACUCAAGAUUACUUUUGCCUGCAUUAUAUAAUCAAAUAAUGACCAUUCUAAGCAAAUCUAUGAACGGUAAUACAAAUAAUAACCAAUUGAACACCAAUCUAUGAUAAAAAAAAACACAAUUGGUUAUAAUAUAUAUUUUAUUUGUGUGUAAUGUAGACAUAUAAAUUACAAUUUUUUUCGUAUUAUUACAUUAUUAUCAAAUAACCGCAUUUUUUGUUGGUUGUUUGGGGCUGCAAAAAUUCUGAUGUGCACCUUCAGCGUGAGCUUCAAGUUUUCUGCGUGCACAGUGGUAGAUCUUUAGAUCUACCAUUUUAAACGUUGCCCAGGGUACACUAUGGGGAAGCGAUCAACUUUUGUAUUCCAUAUUUUUCGUAUUCUAAUGACAUUAAAAUUUUUUUUUUCCCAGCGGCAAACAAUAACGUGAUUCAGACUCCAACAGUUUCGCCGUCUUAUAAUCAACAAUUGCAGUUAUAUAACCAACAACUACAGUCCUAUAAUAAUCAACAACCUCAAGUACAAGUUCAACCAAAUUUACAAGAUGAAAUAUUACAACAACACCAGCAACAAGCUAUAGAACAACAACAAGUAAUAAACAAUGGGCGGAAAAUUCGACGGCAAUUCGCAGAGGAAAUGAAAAGACGUGAACAACUUUUAAAACUAAAAGAGAAAAAUGAAGAAUUAGAAAAUAGACAAAAUUUAAAAGAAAAAACCGAACAAGAAACAUCAGAAGUACAAGAAGAGAAGAAAAAAGAAGAGAAGGAAAAAGAAGAAAAGGAAAAAGAAGAGAAGGAAAAAGAAGAUAAGGAAAAAGAAGAGAAGGAAAAAGAAGAGAAGGAAAAAGAAGAGAAGGAAACAGAAGAAUUGGAAAAAGAAGAGAAGGAAAAAGAAGAGAAGGAAAAAGAAGAGAUGGAAAAAGAAGAGGAAAAAAAAUUAGAAAAUGUCCGUAAAUUACUUAAAGAAAAAAAUUUAAUAAAAACUAAACAUAUUGAAGAAGCAAGAUUAAAACUUAAAAAUUUAGAGAAAAAAAAAAAUCAGCAGCAGAGAAAACCGGAAUCCACUAGCAGUCAAAGCCAACAACCAAAUCCAACUAAAAAACCAAUACGAGUAGAACGUAGACACAUCGAUUCAAAACUAACACCAACGUCUUUAGUACCUAUAGACAAAAACAACAAUCAUGUUCUAGAAAACUAACACAAUAUAAAAUAUCCUACAUUUAAAAAAUAUAUUUUUAUGGCUAUUUUAUUAACUAUUGAAUUAUGUUUUAAAUGCUUAAACUUUUUCACGACUAUUAGAUGUUGAAAAUAUUGUUUUUAUCAUAAUUUAAGAACUUCUAUUUAUAAAAUAUUAAUUACUUAUGUCAAAUUAUGUAUAUUAUUUUAAAUACAAAUAUAAAAUUAAUUAUAAUGGCAAAUAUUAUAUUAUGUAGGUAGCCUCUUGAUUUUGUUGUUAACUUCAUGAAAUCUAUAAGUUUAAGCAAUUUCCUGUUAAUUGACUAAUAAUUUAAAUAAUUUAUUAUUAAAAGAAUAUUUUUUUUUUCCAAAUAUUAGAAUAGAACAAAAGACAAUACGAAAUAAUAAUACCUUACUAAAUAAAUGUAAAUUACGUACAUGAAAACAAAAUACAUAUAAAUUUCCUUUGAAAUUGUUAUUUAUUAAAAUAAUUUUAUUUUUUAUAAAAUCAUAAAAUAAGUUUUCUAAAUUGGCAUUAGCCAUACAAUACAUACAUACAUUAACUUUUUGCGCAUUUGAGUACCAUUACAAUAAAAACUGAUGGUAAAUAUUUUUUAUUUUAAUGGACCUUAUGACUCAUAAUGUGAAUAGUAUGAAAUAUUUCACAUAAAAUUUCACACUGCUUAAAUAUCUGUAUAAAAUGUUUAAAUAUUUCACUUUUUUUUCCAAACAUAUGUUUAUUGGUUG